UAUCUGUUGCAUAUGGUGCACUAUCGAGUAUUGUUAUUACUUAUUACAUGCUAUUUGCUGAUACAUAUAUAAAUAAAUAAAGUGAACCUGAGUGAAGAGUGCGUACGAGAAGAAAGUUUUACAUUAAAAUUAUUGUGUUGUUGUUGUUCUAUUCAGCGUUUUCUCAUUUUGAAGUAACAAAAGAUACCAAAUCAAAAAUGGGAAGAGGAGGCAAGAAAAAAGGGAAGAAAGACACAGAGGGUCUUGGUUUAGGUGACCUUACCCUCGAAGACACUGGACCUUCAACAUCAGAAAUGCCAAAAGCUCCUGAGGCGGCGAAGGUAAAAGAAGAACCUACUCCAAAGGAUGAAGCUGAGGACGAGGGUGGAUUGAAUAUCGGUUUUGUUAAGAAGAAGAAUAAGAAGAAGAAGGAAGCCACCCCACCCGCACAGCCUAUGCAAACCUCAGAUCCACAUACAUCACAAUCGGUCCAAAAAAGUGCUAGCUUGCCUCAACAACAAAAACCCCAAGGCGUGUCUAUACCAACGCAACACCCGCAAUCGGCUGGAAGAGGUCGUGGUGCUCCAGGGGCUGGACGAGGUUGGACUGUGGCUGGACAACCACAACCAGUAGGUCGUGGAAGGGCAGCAGCACCUGCAUGGGCUGCUCCAAUAGCUACGCCGGGACAUGGAGACGAUUCCGUUGCAAAACCAAGUGCUCCCGCACAAGUGGAGGCGCGGGCUUCAACCAGUCGUCCUGUGCAACAAGAGCCCGUUAAACAGGCCCAGGGACCAAUGCAGUUUGGUCGUCCCACGUCUACUCUGUGCCGAUUUCAAAUACCUCAUAAAAUUAGGAGCCGAGUCGGGGUGCCUUCAGAUCCGAUUAAAGUUCUUACUAAUUAUUUACCAAUGAAUGUCAAGCCAUUGAUAAUUCAUCGUUAUGACGUUGCAAUUACGCCUGAUAGGCCUAAAAAGUUGAUGCCGAAAGUAUUUCAAGCAGUGAAAGCUCUACAUUUUCGAAAAGAUUUACUAGCAUUUGAUAUGAUGAAAAAUUGCUAUGCUCUAAAACCCCUUGUUAAGGAAAACGAAGUUUUUAAUACAGACGUGCAAAUUAAAGACGAUAAUGGGACUUUAUGCAAAUUUGAAUUUGCUUUGAAAACAACUGGGACUGUUGAUUUAGGUUCCCUUUUCAGAUAUAUGAAGGACGGGACCGCUUUGUGUCCCCCCACAGAGGCUGUUCAUUGCAUUGAUGUUAUUUUACGUCAAGGAGCGCUAGAAAACUAUGUGAAGGCGAGCCGUCAGUACUUUACGCGUCCUCGGAAUCCCAUCGAUUUAGGUGAUGGAUUAGAAAUGUGGACUGGUUUGUUCCAGUCAGCGAUAUUUACAUCGAGACCGUUUAUAAAUAUUGAUGUCGCCCAUAAGGGUUUUCCCAAAUGCCAGCCGCUGUUGGAUACAUACCGAAAUGAUUUUCGUUUAGAUGUGAAUAAUCCCUUAGAAAGGCAGCGUAAAAUUGAAUGUGAACUAUUCCGAAAAUUUAUCCAUGGACUGCAUGUAAAUGCCAUGAUUGGGGAUCAUAAAACAGGAUAUAAAAAACGUGAAUUUAUAUGCAAUUCUUUGGUAGCGCCCGCCAAUGAAUUGAAGUUUACUCUCACUGAUGCUGCUGGACGGAACGAACUGAUCACCGUCGAACAAUAUUUCUCUAAAAUUAAGGGACAAAGGCUUAAAUAUCCCUACAUGAAUUGCGUAUGGGUGGGUCCAAGAAAUAAGCAGAUAUACUAUCCAAUUGAGUUACUUGAAGUAACAUAUGGACAGGCAUUAAAUAGGCAGCUCAAUGACAGGCAAUUGCCGAAAAUGGUACGCGAAGCGGCAACGCCCCCUAGCGACCGUAAGCGAAAGAUAGAAGAAGUCAUUAAGGAUAUGAAGUAUUCCAGCAAUGAAUAUUUCCGCGAGUUUGGUUUAGAGAUAUCAACGAAAUUCUAUGAAGUCGAUGCUAAAAUUCUUCGUGCACCGAUAUUGAAUGUCGGCGAGGGAACAGUUAUACCAAGGAGGGGAGUAUGGCAAGCGAAACGUUUAUUGAGGCCAAGUGCGCUUCAGUCUUGGGGAUUCAUUGUGGUUGAAGCUGAUCCUAAUAGAUUGAACUGCCACAAUAUUAUACAAAUGAUACAACGCGUCGGCAAACAAAUGGGUAUGAGUGUUCAGGAACCAAGUUUGACGAAUUUCAACAUAAGAGCCACAGAGCUUCAUUCCACGUUCAGAAAAGCAGUUGAUAAUAAAAUUACACUAUUGUUCGUUAUCGUUAGUUCUUGGGCGCAGAAUCUUUAUCAAAAGGUUAAAAAAAUGGCAGAGCUGGAGGUUGGGAUUUUGACGCAGUGCAUAAAAGAUAACACCGCGGAGAGACGCAUGAAUGAACAAACUAUACGAAACAUAUUGUUGAAGGUCAAUUCAAAACUGAUGGGCGUUAACCAAACCCUGGAGAAUAGGUGCGUACCGCCAUGUUUGAAAGAUGGCGGCGUUAUGGUGGUGGGAGCUGACGUCACUCAUCCCAGCCCCGAUCAGACGGAUAUACCAAGUAUUGCAGCUGUGACCGCUUCGUUCGACACAAAAUGUUUCCAAUAUAACAUUGAAUUAAGCAUUCAAACACCAAAGAAAGAGAUGAUCGUCGAAUUUGAAAAUAUGAUGGUGGAACACUUGAAAGUGUACAAAAACCACCAAAAUGCACUUCCACGUAAAAUCUAUAUAUUCCGCGAUGGUGUAUCGGAAGGCCAAUUUGCUCAGGUGAUGAAUAGUGAAUUAGUGGCUGUGUACAAGGCAUAUGAGCGUUUGGCUGGCGCUAAUGCAAAACCCGAAAUCCUGUUUUUACUUGUACAAAAGAGACACCACACCAGAUUCUUUUUGGGAGAAAGUAAUGCCCAAAACGUGGAACCAGGCACGGUGGUUGAUAAGGACAUUGUGCACAACAGCGAAAUGGAUUUCUAUAUGGUGUCCCACCAAGCGAUCAAAGGAACGGCUCGACCGACCCGCUACUACGGGGUGCGGAACGACGGCAAGAUACCGAUAGAGGAAGUGGAGCAGCUCACGUACUACCUGUGCCACUUGUUCUCGCGCUGCACGCGCUCCGUGUCCUACCCGGCGCCCACGUACUACGCGCACCUCGCGUGCACGCGCGCUAAGAACCUCACAUUCGGUACGAAAUUCAACGAUAAAGAUUUGCAGAUUAAGCCUCAGCGCCUGCAAGUCCUGAGCAGAAUGCUGGAUUUCAGUCGCAUGUUCUUCGUUUAAGUUCCUAUCUUGAUUCGCGGUGUAUCUUUCUCUACAUAUUUUAUACACUUAUUUUUGUUAUAUAUUGCUGAAAAUAAAAAUUAAUUUAGCUGUUUCUAUAUAUACUCAGAAAUACUUUGCUCACAAAGAACAGUUUCCAAUUUUAAUAGACAUAACAUAAUAAUGUUUUGUUAAAAAACCCUUAAUAUAAAAUUAUUAAUAUUAUUUAUCUGUAGAAGCAUUGUUUAUACUUAGAAGCGUGAGUCGGUAGCAUUUUAACCAUAUAUCGCUUGUAUAUUAUUUAAUUUGGAAUUAUAAAAAAAAAAACACAUUUGAUUUAUAAUUAUAUUGAUAUUCAAUUUUUUUAUUAUUGCUAUGUGUAAAUCAUUAAAUAUUAUUUUUACUAAUGAAAGUCGGCCUAAAGAAAAAUUGAUAUCUUUGGCUAAAUUUUUAAUGUUUGAAAUUAUUGGCGGAAAUGUAGUAUGAAAUCUUGUAUCGUGAUUAUAUGUAUUUAUUUUGAAAAUCUCUAUCUUAUCAUUUAUUUAAAUAUCUAAUCAUUAUGUUAAAAAAUUUUACUUUUUUUUUUAUACUGUUAUCACUUAACUUGUAAGCUAACAUUAAAAUGAUGUAGGAUACUGCCUGUCUUGCAAUUGUCAGAUUUGAAUUGAAGCGUAAUCGAUAAGUAUAAUAUUUAGAAUUUAGCAAAGAUAUUUCGAUACUAAAUUGUCGUUUGUUUAUUUUAUAUUAGGCUUUUUUGAGUAGUUCUUAUGCAUAAAUAUAGGAAAAUUAUCUGCCCCUGACCUUAAACAUUAUUUUAUUACUCAUUACGUGUAAUUAUUACAUUAUAUUCGUUUUUUUAACAUAUUUUAACGCAAAAGACCAUGGAUCAAUCAUGAUAAAUAGAAAAGUAUGAAAGUCAUAUGGUAUUAUUUCUCUAACAUGUAAGAGAAAAUUACUACUUCAUUCUCGUAUAAAAAAUGUACUAAAAUGCUUAUUGUAUAACUAAAAUACUUAUUGUAUACAUCAUUGCUAUAGAUUAGGCACUGGAGUUAAUGUUUUCUUUCUAAAACAUGUAUUUUAAUCUUUAGAAUAGGUAGCUUGAAAAUGUAUGUUACACAAAUCCUAUGUCUAUAUAAUCAUUAUUUACUCGGAAAAAAUGUGCAUUUAAUCUAGGAAAAUCAGGGACAUGUUCACACUAAUCUGUAUUUAAAAUCUGGAUGUUUUAAUAAAAUCUUCAAAAAGCACA